UGACAAUUCUAAUAUGGCGGCUGAGUUGUUGUAAACAGAAUGUAUCGCUGAGUGGCGUUUUUCCUCGCUAAGACGUACUUUAGACUGCACAACAUGACAGAAAGUGCUGGCUACGAGUCAUCUGCGAGUAACCAGUCAAUACCAUCGGCUACAAGCAUAGAUAGGGGGACAUUUUACGCUGUUUACCUCUACUCCAACAACAGGUGUUUGGAAGUCCUAAAAUCGCAAGUCGGUGAAGAUGGUGGUACAUGCGAUGUCACAUCGCGAGCAGACGAUCCUGCGAAGAAGUGUUUGUCACUGCUUGCGACCGAUCUAGGUGCUGCAUCAGAGACAGAUUUACGGUGCUACCUUCUCAAGAAAGUUGCCCGAGAUCUUCAAGACAGCCGAGGCAACAUUGACAUUGUAGAACUGAGUAUGGGCGACAAAGUCUCGACACCAAUGGCAUGUUUGCACCAAGCAUUCUGGAAAGAUACAACAUUGGAAAAUAAAGAUCACCAUGCCUACGUGCUGUGCUUUGUUGCUGCAGAUGAUGGGACGCUGGAUCUAUUUUACUCUGAUGUAGAGGCCUUUGGCCGAGCUUUGGUGCCUUCAUUAACAAAUGCAGAAUCAGAUUUCCAGCAAGCACUCAGAGAGAACAUGGAAAACUGGUACCACAUUUGUGUUUCUUACAUCAGCCGUUGCUUGAAAGGCCUUGGGGAGAAUGUCGCUACGCUGUUACAUUGUGCACUGAGUGAUGGUAUUGUUGAUAUCAACAUUGCAAAUCCAGAAGAAAGAGGUGAUUUUCAAAGAUUUGUUGACGUCUGCAAGCUCGACGUGUUGGACUCUAGUAACUCAACGAGCUCGGAAAAGGCAAAAUGUACGGAUGGUUUGGAAAGGCCAAACCUUGAAAUCCGCACGGGGAGUGAUGGCAUCGAACUAAGUCACACUGAAACAUCACCUUUCUGUCAGAGGUGGGCCAAAGCAAUAUUCAAGGAGGACCUCGACAAUGCUUUGCUUCAGCGUAGGAUUAUAGAAGGUUUUAAAAUAAAGACUAUUCAAGAUAUGAACCUCAUCAAACGUCUGGUGAAGCAAGCCGAGAAUGACCACUAUGCGCUCUACAAUGCUUUCAGGUUCCUAAAGGAAUGCGGUUACUCUGACACCCUGCUAAGGCGUGCUACGAGAGAAGGUUCCGUCACAGCAACUACCGAAGGGAGAGACGUCGUAACCCUUCUAUCGGAACACCUUGUUGAUGCUAGGAAGAGUAUCACAUCCUGUUGAGAUGUCAAGCACGGUAGCAGCUGUAAAAAGAUACAAAAUGUGUUGCAUCUGACAAGAUACCGUAGAACGAUUUAGUGGUCCACGGUUAUGCAAAACAUUAGAUACCAUAAAUAAUGUUUAUGGUUUUACUCUUUCUUGUUUAAGAAGUUGCACUUUCGCUUUCGCUUUGACACUGCUAUCAGAUUGUUCCUGUGAUGCUGAAUAUGAUGGCACAGUUUGGCACUUCAUAGGUUCUAGGUUAGUUUUAUUUAGAUUUUUGUACAAUGCUUUUCAUGUACGUAACUGCUGUCGUCGCACACUUCUGAUUUCUACUGCUUUGUAAACAAGCAUUACGCACAUUCUAUUGUAAAAUUCAGAGGACCAAACUAGAUGAAGUAAAAGUUCACUAUUUUGA